AUGUCAGGAAGAGGCAAGGGCGGCAAGGGCGGCAAAGGUCUUGGAAAAGGAGGUGCUAAGCGUCACCGCAAAGUUCUCCGUGAUAACAUCCAGGGUAUCACUAAACCAGCCAUCCGCCGUUUGGCUCGCCGUGGCGGUGUGAAGCGUAUUUCCGGCUUGAUCUACGAGGAGACCCGCGGUGUGCUCAAGGUUUUCCUUGAGAACGUCAUCCGUGAUGCCGUCACCUACACCGAGCACGCCAAGAGAAAGACGGUCACCGCUAUGGACGUGGUGUACGCUCUGAAACGCCAGGGACGCACCCUGUACGGAUUCGGGGGUUAA